UUCUUGCUCAUAGUGUUGUGAUGAAGUAAAAAUAGUAUUACUGUUACAGAAUGAGAUUUUGUCAUAAGUUAGGAAAUGUAAACCUGUUUGGGUCUGUUUGCAGCUGCUUUUUUAUUAAUAUGAUCUAAAUGCAGGUGACAGGUUGAAAGCUGUGAUUUUCUGAGCUCUACUGCUAUUAGUUUGAUUCAUCAAACUCAGUAGUAUAUACUAAUGAGCCAUUGCUGCUGGAAACAGUCUUAAGGUUGUUAAAUGCAAUGUGUAGAUACUCUUUAUUGUUUGAGAUAUGACCCUGGCUUGAGAAGGAACUUUAAACCUUGUUGGUUAGAUACUGGAGGAUCAGUCUAAUUUCGUAUGCAUAUUUUCACAUGUCAGAGCAAGUAACUCAACUGCAAUAGUAACAAAACUGAGAAUCUGGAGUAGAAAAAUACUUGGAUUUGAUGAAUAAUUUUGUAACUUUCUGAAAUGAUCAGAAACCCCAGACUAAGAUGUAAAAAGUUGGGGAAUGUUGGUGGCAUUAGCUAGUGAGUAAACAUCAAAUCUAAGAAGUUACAUGUGUUUCCUGUGAGCUAGAACUCUGGUCAUAGAUUACCACGUAGGAUGUUGAAGAAAAUCAGUCCUGUAAUGCAGUUUCAAUACUACAACUACUUUGGUUGCUGGUCUGUUGAUCUGUCUUUCACACUGGAAAAUGGAGUUCGUGAAGUCUAUAACCAAGUUUGUAAGUGCUGCAUUUUCCUGUAAUGCAGAAGCAAAUGGUUACUGGUUGAGACAAAAUGCUUCCUUUAGUGUAGAGCAGUACAGUAUUCGGGAACUUAUUAUAUAUAUGAGAAAUAUAAAUAAAUAAAUGCAUUAUAAUUGCCACAGCUAAAUAUCUAUUAAAUGUUCUUCUUUGUUUGCAGUUGUAUUUGUGUGUUAAUUUAUUUCUGAGAAAACAAAAACUGAGAUUCUUAGGUGAACUAGCUUAACUUGAGGGGAGAAUUCAUCUUAAUUUGUACAAAUUGCAUUUUGUUUUGCCAGGUAUUUAUUUAAGAAAUAAUCUUCUAAUUUAUUAGUCAAAUCCUAAUUGGCUUACUUAGUGGAUAUGAAUGCUACUUUUAUUUUGAAAAGCAAUUAAGCUAUUAAUUUAACUGCAAUUAAGAUAAUGUAACUUUUGACAGAUAUAUUGAACAGAGUCAACUUCAGCUCAUCACGAAGGGGGAUACAGAAUGGUGCACCCAGUAGAGGUACUUUAUUGUCCUAAUACGGUACAGUUACUACAUUCAAGUCUGACAGUCACCAUUAUGCGCCAUCUGCCUCCAGUCCCAGUGCCAUGCCUGUUUCAUCCGUCUUUCAGUCUGUAUCCAGACCUACAACUAGCUCUGUAGCAGUGCAGCCAUUGUCUAUACCAGUGAAUGUUUCAGGAACUUCACAAACACCGCAGAGACCAGUCACUGGAUGUUUAUCAACACAGCAGAUGCCUGGAUCAAGUUCGGGAAUAUCACAGCCUGUUAGCAGACCUGUAACUGUUCCAGUGACAACACAGCCAGUAUCGAGAAAUAUCACGGUUCCUGUAGUGGCUCAACCUGUAUCCAGGCCAGUGACUACUCUAACAGCAGAGCCUGUAGUACUCGAUCAGGAUUAUAGUAUGGAUUCUCCACCAGCUGCACCAGAUAAUACAUCUGGUAUACUGUUUGGUGUGAGAGAGAACUCGGGAGUCCCACAGUACCAGACUGGGCCAGCAGUGAAUGUAACAGGUACAGAUGCUGUAGCAAGCACCAUUAAAAAUGGAGGACCUUUUCCACGAGCCUGUCCGAAGUGCAAUAUUCAUUUCAAUCUUAUGGAUCCUCUAAAAAAUCACAUGAAGUAUUGUUGUCCAGAUAUGGUAAAUAACUUUUUCCUGGGAGUGGCCAAAACAGAAUGUUCGGGCGCAACAGGCAAGAUUGCUGAGUCUGAGAAAGGAAAAUUGAUUAUGUUAGUUAAUGACUUUUAUUAUGGGAAACAUGAAGGUGACACCCAGCAGGUACAACAGGAGCAGAAGACUCAUACGACAUUUAAGUGCUUCAGUUGUCUGAAAGUUCUUAAAAAUAACAUAAGGUUUAUGAACCACAUGAAACAUCACUUGGAACUUGAGAAACAAAGCAGUGAAAGCUGGGAAAGCCACACUACCUGCCAGCACUGUUACCGUCAGUUUCCCACACCGUUCCAGCUGCAGUGCCACAUUGAAAGUACACACACCCCUUAUGAAUCAUCUACUAUUUGUAAAAUCUGUGAGUUAUCCUUUGAAACAGAGCAAGUUCUUCUGCAACAUAUGAAGGACAAUCACAAGCCAGGUGAAAUGCCGUAUGUUUGCCAGGUUUGCAACUACAGAUCCUCAGCUUUCUCAGAUGUAGAAACACAUUUUAGAACAGUUCAUGAAAAUACAAAACAUUUGCUGUGUCCAUUUUGUCUCAAAGUAAUUAAAAUUGGAGCACCAUAUAUGCAUCACUACAUGAGACAUCAGAAAAAAGGAAUAUACCGUUGCACUAAGUGCAGACUGCAGUUUUUGACAUGCAAAGAAAAAAUGGAUCACAAGACUCAGCAUCACCGAACAUUUAGGAAACCCAAACAGUUAGAAGGAUUGCCUCCUGGAACAAAGGUGACUAUUCGAGCAUCUCUUGGAUCUCUUCUAUCAGGAUCAUCAGCUACGUCUUCUGUUAGUACAAGUUCUUCCACAUUUCAGUUAUCACCUAAAGCUAAAAAUACCACUAAAAAUCAUAACAAAUCUAAUACAAAUAGGUCAAAAGCAAAAUCAAAACCAGCUACAUCAAAGAAGCAAAAUACAUGGACCAACAGCAGAAAAAAAAAAGAAGUUGCAAAUACAGCAUUGCAUAAUCUAAGGUAUCUUUCAGGAGUUCACAAAUGCAUUGAAUGUUACUCAGAAGUAAAAGAUUUUGCAAGCCAUUUUCCUGCUUAUGUCCACUGUAGCUUAUGCAGAUACAACACUAGCUGUAGCAAAGCCUAUGUGAAUCACAUGAUGAGUUUUCACAGUGCUCGUCCAAGUAAAAGAUUUUGGAUCUAUAAGAAGCAUUCAGAAGAGCUACGAGGUGUGACUGUAGUGUGUCUUAACUGUGAUUUCCUGACUGAUGUUUCUGGCUUAGACAGCAUGGCCACACAUCUGAGUGAAAGCCACACUCAUACUUGUCAAGUUGUUAUAGAGAAAGUUUCUGUAGAUAUCCCAACUGCUGAACAAGUAUCUGACAAACAAGAGCAUGACUCUUCAGAUGAAACAAAAGAAUUCAAUAGAAGUCAAACUAAAAAAGUUGCAUCAGCUGAAAAGAAUGAAGAAAAGUCAUUGUCAAAUACAGAAAAUGUUCCUAGUUUGGAACUUCCUGACAACAGCUCAAAGAAUUCUUUGCAUGAGAAAGGAGCAUGUUCUGAUUCAUAUAACAGCAAACAAUUAGUAGAUGAGAAACAAAAACGUAUUCAUGGUGAAAGCGAGUUAAGAACUUGCCAAAGUUCAGAUACUGUUAUCUUGAAUGAGCAGACUAAAGUGAAUAGUUUGGAUGUAACUACGCUUUCAGCAAUGAACCCAAGGGACUUAAAACUAACAUUAGGUGAAGAUGUUAGUUUUGAGCAGUUCUUGAGAAAAAGAGAUGAACCUGAAUCCAUUAGUUCAGACAUUAGUGAACAAGGUAGUAUUCAUUUGGAGCCUUUGACUCCAUCAGAGGUACUAGAGCAUGAAGCUACUGAAAUCCUUCAGAAAGGUAAUGUUGCACCUUCAGCAAAGAAAGCUGGACAACUCUCUGAACAAACAGAUGAGACUUCUAAAGAAAGCAGUCCCAACAGAAUGGAAACAGUUGUACACAAGACAGAUGAAAAUGAAGCAAGCUGAAAUAAUGUUAAUUUGAUUGUUUGUUAAAAACAAUGGUAAGAACACCAUGGACCAUUCCUGAUGAGUGUGCUCAUUUUCUAAUUACAAAAACAGAGGGGGGUGGGGGAGAGAAGAGAUGCUGAAGUGAAGUCUUGCAUAUGAAGACAGCAUGUAUGUGUAUGUGCAACUGAUAUAACUAAAUUUACAAAAGGUGAUGUUCAGAUACAUCUUCCUGUCUCUUGGAUGUGAUACAUGAUUGACAUUUGAAAGGAGGAAUAAAUUCUAAUUUUAUAGUUUA